AUGCGUUCUGCCUUUCUUCUUGGCGCGGCCGUCUUUGGCACCGCUUCUGCUCAUCCACGUGCUUCUCCGCUUGUGGAAGACCUUCUUUCGCCCCUCCGUUCCAGUGUUUCCAAAGUUUCCUCCGGUGUUUCCUCCAACACUAUUUCUACAAGGGCGACCUGCUCUGGGAACACGGCAGACACUCGUUCAGAAUGGUGCGAUUACUCAAUCGAUACCGACUACUAUUCGGAGGUUCCCGAUACUGGCGUGACGCGCGAAUAUUACUUUGAACUCACAGACGUUACGGUCGCUCCCGAUGGUGUCUCUCGCACUGCGAUGGCUGUUAAUGGGAGCAUCCCGGGGCCGACCAUUUUCGCAGACUGGGGCGACACCGUCGUCGUCCAUGUCACAAACUCCUUGACUGAUUCACAAAACGGUACCAGCAUACACUGGCACGGAAUCCGCCAAAACUAUACCAACGAUCAGGACGGCGUUGUGUCUAUAACACAAUGCCCAACUGCACCAAGCGAGCAGAUCACUUACACCUGGAGAGCUACGCAAUAUGGUUCUUCGUGGUACCACUCCCAUUUUGCUCUGCAGGCUUGGGAGGGCAUCUUCGGAGGGAUCGUCAUUAACGGGCCUGCUACCGCCAAUUACGAUGAGGAUCUCGGUAUGCUGUUUUUGAACGACUGGGACCACCAGACUGUCGACGAGCUCUACAUCAGCGCGGAAAGCUCUGGCCCGCCAACGCUUGACAACGGCUUAAUCAAUGGCACUAACACAUAUGACGAGGGCGGCUUCCGCUACAAUGUCUCCUUCACCUCCGGCACAUCCUACCGCAUGCGCCUUGUCAACGCCGCCGUAGACACACACUUCAAGUUCAGCAUCGACAACCACACGCUCCAAGUCAUCGCAUCCGAUCUCGUCCCCAUUACCCCCUAUGAAACCACUGUUCUAGACAUCGGCAUGGGUCAGCGCUACGAUGUCAUCAUCACUGCCGAUCAGGCCUCUGUCGCAGACAACUUCUGGCUCCGCGCAAUCCCUCAGAGCGCAUGCUCGGACAACGACAACUCCGACGACAUCAAGGGCAUUGUCUACUACGGCGACAGUGUCGGCACCCCUUCCACUUCCGCCUACACCUACGACGACUCCUGCGACGACGAAACCGCAAAUAUUACCCCGUAUCUCUCCAAGACCGUGGGCGAUUCGUCAAGCACCAACACCGAGGCCGCCAGCGUCGCUUUCAACGACGACAGCCUCUUCCGCUGGUACCUCAACAGCACAACCAUGGUCGUCGACUGGGAGGAUCCCACGCUGUCCCAGGUCCUGGCCGGUAACACCUCCUACGAGACAUCUAACGCCGUCAUCACGCUGCCCACCGCCGACGAGUGGGUCUACAUGGUGAUCUCCACAACCAUGUCUGUCCCGCACCCGAUCCACCUCCACGGGCACGACUUCUUCAUCCUGGCACAAGGUUCAGGGACCUACUCUUCAUCCAGCGUGACGCUGAACACGGAUAAUCCGCCGCGCCGCGACACGGCGAUGCUGCCGGCGAGCGGGUACCUGGUCAUUGCGUUUGAGACCGACAACCCGGGGGCGUGGUUGAUGCACUGCCAUAUCGGGUGGCAUACAAGCGAGGGGUUUGCGCUGCAGUUUAUUGAGCGGUAUGAUGAGAUUGCCGGCAUCACAGACAGCGAUAGACUCAGUGAUGGCUGCAGCGCGUGGAGCACGUUCCAAGAAGAGAACAGCAUCGAGCAGGAGGACUCGGGUGUGUAG